AUGAAGCUCUUCUCCUGCCUAGUGGUUGUUCUCCUCUUCCUCUUCCAGGCUGCUCCAGGUCUCGGCUUGCCCAAAGAUACCUUACGUUGUGUUCGCUACCACGGUUUCUGCUUCCAACCAAAAGCCUGCCCACCGCCAUUUGCUGCAUUCGGAACUUGCUCUGAACGUCAGAAAACCUGCUGCAUAGACGCUACAUCAAACCUCCAUACUUGUCAAGAAGAAGGGGGCCACUGCGUACCUCCGAAAAUCAAAUGUCUGCAAGGGCAGCUUGGACUUUGCCCUCGCAAAGGAUGGAAGUGCUGCAAAGAAGUGCAAUAAAGACUUCACAGAACUGCAGAAAACCACAGAAAUGCAUGGACAAGAAAACAAACAAGCUUUCUUCCUGGUGUUGUAGAGAA